AUGAUGCCCGUCCUUAUCCUCGACGGCGGCAUGGGGACAACCCUCGAGGCGAUCGGACACGACGUCUCGGGUUCCAUGUGGGGCAGCGAGCUCGUCGCCCGCGACCCCGCCGCCCUGGCAAACGUGCACGCCCGGUUUGCACUGGUGGGCGCUGACAUCAUUGAGACGGCGACAUACCAGAUGACACUGCCAGCGCUGGUGGAACAAGGACAUAGCGAGGACGAUGCGCGCGCUCUGAUGCGCCGAGCCGUGUCGCUCGCCGCCGAUAUUCCAUGCCCACACAAAGCUCCUUUCACCCCUGCCUCGUCCGUCUCGACCAUGUCCUCUUGCUCCUCCUUUUCUUCCAUUCAUGCCUUGCCACAACACCCAUCAACUGUACCCAGCCCCCAACCUAUCCAGAAACCCAAAGUCGCCCUCGCACUCGGACCAUACGGCGCAACCCUCUCCCCCGGCCAAGAGUAUGACGGGCUGUAUCCCCCGCCGUACGGACCGGCAGGUUUCGAUCCUUCCUCCUCGGCCACAAACUACGCUCCACGCACAGACGAAUGCUCGUACGAAGCGGCCCUCACGACCUUCCAUCUCGACAGGCUGCGGGUCUAUGCGUCGGACGAGGCGACGUGGUCGCGCAUCACGUGUCUGGCAUUCGAGACGAUCCCUGUCCUCCGUGAGAUCCGGGCGAUCCGCCGCGCCGUCGGCGCCCUCAACUGCGAGAUGGAGAUGCAUGGCAAAUCCAAAUCCAACUCGAAACCAUUCUGGAUCUCCUCUGCUUAUCCGAAUGGCCAUAUCGGGCAGCGUGACGCCAACGGCAAGACUGUGGAAAUGCGCCAAGUGGCCGAGGCGCUCAUGGGCGAACUUGCGCCUCUCGCCGCCUUGCCAAUAGACACGCGCUGUCUCGCCGCCAAGCCAGACGGCAUCGGUAUCAACUGCACUCACCCGACUCUGCUUCCUGCGCUUGUUGGCGCCCUUUCUGGCGCGGUUACCCACCAUGCUCAACGGCAUCCCCUCUGGCUCAUCCUCUAUCCCGACGGCGGGGCGACGUACGAUGUGGUGAAACGCGAAUGGACACAUCGGGAAAUGGGGCCCGAUGUGUGGGCCGACCGCCUGCUCGAGGUCGCGCAUGAGGCCGAGGCUAUGGGGGUGUGGAAGGGCGUGGUCAUUGGCGGAUGCUGCAAGAGCUCAUUUGACGAGAUCAAGGCGCUGCGCGCGCUCGUCGAUCGACCGACCGAGCGGCUGUGGGAGAAGAGUGUGGGAGGUGAGGAGAACGGGGCGCAGGUGGGUGGCGUCUACAACAGGUAG